ACGACACACUCAUUCACUCAACUUCUCCACAAAUUUCUUUCUCACGUUCAUCAACUGCUAAAAGAAAAGAAAACAUGGGAUCAAGCCGUUAAAGAAUUACAAAAAAAAAAAAACAUCUUCAGAAUUUACAAGUCCAAGCUACAGAAAACCUGGCACACUCUUGCAGCUCAAAAACAGGUAGCACUUAAAAACAGUUUUCCAUUGCCCUAA